CCGGAAGCGGAAGACAGUAGAAGCGCCUGCUUGUUGUGCGCUCGUGCUAGCGGCGCUUUCACAACGUUAGAGCCGCCAAGAACCCAACCGAAGGAUCAAAGUUCUUUGUAGCCGAGCCGCCAACGCUGUAACAGUGAAGCGGCACCAUGGCGGACGUUACCGCUCGUAGUCUGCAAUAUGAGUACAAAGCGAACUCGAACUUGGUGUUGCAAGCUGAUCGAUCAUUGAUCGAUCGAACCCGGAGAGAUGAGCCCACUGGAGAGGUGCUGUCCCUGGUGGGGAAGCUGGAGGGCACCAAGAUGGGUGACAAGGCUCAGAGGACCAAACCACAAAAGCUGGAGGAGAGACGAGAAAAGAGGCGAAAGCGAGAUGAGGACAGACAUGACAUCAACAAAAUGAAGGGAUUCACCCUCUUGUCAGAAGGUAUCGAUGAAAUGGUGGGCAUUGUUUACAAGCCUAAAACCAAAGAAACCAGAGAGACAUAUGAAGUGCUGCUCAGCUUCAUCCAUGCUGCGUUGGGAGAUCAGCCACGAGAUAUCCUGUGUGGAGCUGCCGAUGAGGUCCUGGCUGUGCUGAAAAAUGAUAAAAUGAGGGACAAGGAAAGACGACGAGAGGUUGAGCAACUCCUCGGUCCUGCCGAUGAUACAAGGUACCAUGUGCUGGUCAAUCUUGGCAAGAAGAUCACUGACUAUGGAGGGGACAAGGAUUUGCAAAAUAUGGAUGACAACAUAGAUGAAACAUAUGGAGUCAAUGUCCAGUUUGGAGAAGAUGAAGAGGAGGGGGAUGAAGACCAACACGGAGAAGUGCGUGAUGAGCUCUCGGAUGAAGACAAUGAAGGCGAGGAAGCGGAUAUCAGCAGCACUCUGACGGCCAACCUUGGUGUGACAGGGGACGUAAUGACAGUCAAGAAAAAGGAUCUCCAUCCUCGAGACAUUGAUGCCUUCUGGCUUCAGCGUCAACUUAGUCGCUUUUACGAUGAUGCUAUCGUCUCUCAAAAGAAAGCAGAUGAAGUCCUUGAAAUUCUCAAGACUGCCAGUGAUGACAGAGAAUGUGAGAAUCAACUCGUGCUGUUGCUCGGCUUCAACACUUUUGAUUUCAUCAAAGUCCUUCGGCAGCAUCGGCGCAUGAUUCAAUACUGUACUAUGCUGGCCAGUGCUCAGAGUGAGGCUGAGAAAGAACGAAUCAUUGGAAAGAUGGAAUCUGAUCAGGAACUGUCAAAGAUCCUUUACCAAUUGCAGGAGACAGAAAAAGAGGACAUCAUUCGCGAGGAACGAUCUCGCAGGGAAAGAUUAAGAAAGUCCCGCGUCGAUGACUUGGAAGCAAUGGACAUUGAUCAUGGAGAGUCGGUUGGCACAAGACAAUUGCUGGACUUGGAAGACCUGGCCUUCACCCAGGGCAGCCAUUUUAUGGCCAACAAGAGGUGCCAGCUUCCUGAUGGCUCAUUCCGUAAACAGCGCAAGGGUUAUGAAGAAGUCCACGUGCCAGCACUAAAACCCAAACCUUUUUCAGAUGAUGAGGUGCUAGUUGCUAUUGAAAAGAUGCCCAAAUAUGCACAAGCUGGAUUUGAAGGAUUCAAAACCCUGAACCGAAUCCAGAGCAAGCUGUUCAAGACUUCCAUGGAGACGGAUGAGAACUUGCUUGUGUGCGCGCCAACGGGAGCUGGUAAGACCAACGUGGCUCUGAUGGCCAUGCUGAGGGAGAUUGGAAAACACAUCAACAUGGACGGAACUAUCAACGUGGACGAUUUCAAAAUCAUCUACAUCGCACCCAUGCGAUCUCUGGUGCAGGAGAUGGUUGGAAGUUUUAGUAAGCGACUGGCAAGUUACGGCAUCGUAGUGUCCGAGUUGACUGGGGACCACCAGCUGUGCAAAGAGGAAAUCAAUGCCACUCAGAUUAUAGUUUGCACCCCAGAAAAAUGGGACAUUAUCACCCGCAAAGGCGGAGAGCGAACUUACACCCAGCUUGUGCGCCUCAUCAUCAUCGAUGAAAUCCACCUGCUUCACGACGAUCGCGGGCCAGUCCUGGAGUCACUUGUGGCUAGAACUAUCCGCAACGUGGAGCUGACUCAGGAGGACGUCCGUCUGAUUGGACUCAGUGCCACACUCCCGAACUACGAGGAUGUGGCCACCUGCCUGCGCGUUGACCCAGCCAAGGGUCUCUUCUACUUCGACAACAGUUUCCGCCCAGUUCCACUGGAGCAGACCUAUGUGGGAAUAACAGAGAAAAAAGCCAUUAAGCGGUUCCAGAUUAUGAAUGAAAUUGUCUAUGAGAAAAUCAUGGAGCACGCAGGAAAGAAUCAGGUCCUGGUUUUUGUUCACUCCCGAAAAGAGACCGGAAAGACCGCCCGAGCCAUCAGGGACAUGUGUUUGGAGAAAGACACCCUGGGGCUGUUUCUCCGUGAAGGCUCAGCGUCAACUGAAGUUCUGAGGACUGAAGCUGAGCAGUGCAAGAAUCUCGAGCUGAAAGAUUUGCUACCGUACGGCUUUGCCAUUCACCACGCUGGUAUGACCCGAGUGGACCGUACGCUGGUGGAAGAUCUGUUUGGCGACAAACACAUCCAGGUGCUUGUGUCCACUGCCACUCUUGCUUGGGGUGUGAAUCUCCCUGCACACACUGUAAUCAUUAAAGGCACCCAGGUCUACAGCCCAGAGAAAGGCAGGUGGACUGAGCUUGGUGCUCUGGACAUUCUUCAGAUGCUUGGUCGUGCCGGGCGUCCUCAGUACGACACAAAGGGAGAGGGAAUUUUGAUAACGUCUCACGGAGAGCUGCAGUACUACCUGUCUCUUCUCAACCAACAACUGCCCAUCGAGAGUCAGAUGGUGGGCAAACUCCCGGACAUGCUGAAUGCCGAAGUUGUUCUCGGCAACGUGCAGAAUGUGAAGGAUGCUGUCAACUGGCUGGGAUACACUUACCUGUACGUGCGCAUGCUCCGCAACCCCACGCUGUAUGGGGUUUCCCAUGAUGACCGAAGCGCGGAUCCCCUGCUGGAUAGACGCAGGACCGACCUGGUACACACUGCCUCAAGCGUCUUGGAUAAGAACAACCUGAUGAAAUACGACAAGCGCUCAGGGACCUUCCAGGUUACCGAUCUGGGACGCAUAGCCAGUCAUUUCUACAUCACCCACGACUCCAUCCAGACUUACAACCAGCUGCUGAAACCCACGCUCAGUGAGAUCGAACUCUUCCGUGUCUUUUCUCUGUCAUCGGAGUUCAGGAACAUUACAGUGCGAGAGGAAGAGAAGCUUGAGCUCCAGAAGCUGCUGGAGCGAGUUCCUAUUCCUGUGAAGGAGAGCAUUGAGGAGCCCAGUGCUAAGAUAAACGUGUUGCUCCAGGCGUACAUCUCGCAGCUCAAACUGGAAGGGUUUGCUCUCAUGGCCGAUAUGGUCUACGUCACACAGAGUGCUGGCCGAUUGAUGCGAGCCAUUUUCGAGAUUGUCCUGAACAGAGGUUGGGCCCAGCUCACAGACAAGACCAUGAAUCUUUGCAAAAUGAUCGACAAGAGGAUGUGGCAGUCGAUGUCGCCUCUGAGGCAGUUCAAGAAGCUGCCGGAAGAAGUGAUCAAGAAGAUAGAGAAGAAGAACUUUCCAUUUGAGCGACUCUACGACCUGAACCACAAUGAGAUUGGUGAGCUGAUCAGGAUGCCUAAGAUGGGGAAGACUAUUCACAAGUACGUCCACCAGUUUCCCAAGCUGGAUCUGGCCGUCCAUCUGCAGCCCAUCACCCGCUCCACUCUUAAGGUGGAGCUGACCAUCACUCCGGACUUCCAGUGGGACGAGAAGAUUCAUGGCUCGUCAGAGGCGUUCUGGAUCCUGAUCGAGGACGUGGACAGCGAGGUCAUCCUUCACCACGAAUACUUCCUGCUCAAAUCCAAAUACGCCCAGGAUGAACACCUGGUCACCUUCUUCGUCCCGGUGUUUGAACCCCUGCCCCCACAGUAUUUCAUCCGCGUGGUCUCAGACCGCUGGCUCUCCUGCGAGACUCAGCUGCCAGUGUCGUUCCGUCACCUGAUCCUUCCAGAGAAGUACCCACCACCCACCGAGCUGCUGGACCUGCAGCCGCUUCCUGUCACUGCCCUCAGGAACUCCGCCUUCGAGGCUCUCUACCACAACAAGUUCCCCUUCUUCAACCCAAUUCAGACCCAAGUGUUCAACGCAGUGUACAACAGCGAUGACAACGUGUUUGUGGGAGCUCCCACAGGGAGUGGCAAGACCAUCUGUGCUGAGUUUGCGAUCCUGAGGAUGCUGCUGCACAAUGCUGAAGGCCGCUGUGUCUACAUCACCCCCAUGGAAGCGCUGGCAGAGCAGGUGUUCAUGGACUGGCACCAAAAGUUCCAAGAUGUCCUGAACAAGAAGGUGGUGAUGCUGACCGGAGAAACCAGUACUGAUUUGAAGCUCUUGGGGAAGGGAGACAUCAUUGUCAGCACUCCGGACAAAUGGGACAUCCUGUCCCGGCGCUGGAAGCAGAGGAAGAACGUGCAGAACGUCAGUCUCUUCAUCGUGGAUGAGACUCACCUGAUCGGAGGAGAGAACGGGCCGGUGCUGGAGGUCAUCUGCUCCCGAAUGCGCUACAUCUCCUCUCAGAUUGAGCGUCCCAUCCGAAUCGUGGCCCUCAGCUCCUCCCUGUCCAACGCCAAGGAUGUGGCUCACUGGCUGGGCUGCAGCACCACCGCCACCUUCAACUUCCACCCCAACGUCCGGCCCGUUCCUCUGGAGCUGCACAUCCAGGGCUUUAAUGUGAGUCACACUCAGACUCGCCUGCUGUCCAUGGCCAAGCCGGUCUACCACGCCAUCAUGAAGCACUCGCCCUCCAAACCAGCCGUGGUGUUUGUGCCGUCCCGCAGACAGACCCGUCUCACGGCCAUCGACAUCCUGACCUUCUGCGCCGCCGACGUCGUCCCUCAGAGGUUCUUGCACUGCACGGAGAAGGAUCUCGCUCCGUUUCUGGAGAAAAUAACUGAUGCUACAUUGAAAGAGACUCUGGCCAACGGUGUGGGUUACCUGCACGAAGGUCUGUCCGCCACAGAGCGCAGGAUUGUGGAGCAGCUCUUCAACACAGGUGCUGUCCAGGUGGUGGUGUCCUCUCGCUCCCUCUGCUGGGGCAUCAACAUUUCCGCUCACCUUGUCAUCGUCAUGGAUACGCAGUACUACAACGGCAAGAUCCAUGCAUAUGUGGACUAUCCCAUCUACGAUGUUCUGCAGAUGGUGGGGAAAGCCAACCGGCCCAUCCUGGACGACGAGGGACGCUGUGUCAUCAUGUGUCAGGGCUCCAAAAAAGACUUCUUCAAGAAGUUCCUCUACGAGCCUCUGCCUGUGGAGUCUCACUUGGACCACUGUCUCCACGACCACUUCAAUGCUGAGAUCGUCACCAAGACAGUGGAGAACAAGCAAGACGCCGUGGAUUACCUGACGUGGACCUUCCUCUACCGCCGCAUGACCCAGAACCCCAACUACUACAACCUUCAGGGCAUGUCCCACCGUCAUCUGUCGGACCACCUGUCCGAGCUGGUGGAGAACACGCUGCAUGACCUGGAGCAGUCCAAGUGCAUCAGCAUCGAGGAUGAGAUGGAUGUGGCGCCGCUCAAUCUGGGCAUGAUCGCUGCGUACUACUACAUCAACUACACCACCAUCGAGCUGUUCAGCAUGUCUCUCAACGCCAAGACGAAGAUCCGAGGACUGAUCGAGAUCAUUUCCAACGCCGCCGAGUACAAGAACAUUCCCAUCAGGCAUCACGAGGACACGCUGCUCCGACAGCUGGCACAGAAGGUUCCACACAAGCUGAACAACCCCAAGUUCAACGACCCUCACGUGAAGACCAACCUCCUGCUCCAGUCUCACCUCUCCAGGAUGCAGCUGAGUGCUGAGCUGCAGUCAGACACAGAGGAGAUCCUCAGCAAGGCUGUCCGUCUGAUCCAGGCCUGUGUGGAUGUGCUGUCCAGCAACGGCUGGCUCAGUCCUGCGCUGGCCGCCAUGGAGCUGGCUCAGAUGGUCACACAGGCCAUGUGGUCCAAAGACUCCUACCUCAAACAGCUGCCCUUCUUCACCUCUGAGCACAUCAAGCGCUGCACAGACAAGGGUGUGGAGAGCAUCUUCGACAUCAUGGAGAUGGAGGACGAGGACCGAACUGCACUACUGCAGCUCUCGGACGCUCAGAUGGCCGACGUCGCCCGCUUCUGUAACCGCUACCCGAACAUCGAGUUGGCGUACGAGGUGGCCGACCGGGAGAACGUCAAGAGUGGAAGUCCAGUUCUGGUCCAGGUGCAGUUGGAGCGUGAGGAGGAAGUGACUGGUCCUGUCAUCGCGCCCCUCUUCCCACAGAAUCGUGAGGAAGGUUGGUGGGUGGUGAUCGGAGACCCCAAAUCCAACAGUCUCAUCUCCAUCAAGAGACUCACUCUUCAACAGAAGGCUAAGGUGAAGCUGGACUUUGUGGCUCCAGCUAUGGGCGUCCACAACUACACUCUGUACUUCAUGAGCGACGCAUACAUGGGCUGCGACCAGGAGUACAAGUUCAGCGUGGAUGUCAAGGAGGCGGACAGCGAGGGCGACAGCGACUCGGACUAAAAGUUGUCAUUUAAUGGUUGUGGGGCCAUUCCUUCUUAUCUUGGGUCUUCUGUAAUCAUGCCCCAUGACUUUGGUGGAGGAGGUAACACCACUGACCACAGUUGAGCAUCACUCGAUCGGGGCAGGUAGAAUGAGGUCACCCAUCUUUGAUGUUUGUAUACAUUUUACUUUCUGAGUUUGUGAAGUUCUGCUCCAGUUAGUCAACUUGGACUCCACGUGGUUUCGUUUUUACCUUUUAAAACUUGUCCUCCAAACGUUUUAGUACUUGGUCUGCUAUAUUUUUUGCAAUAAAGAGAAUUGACAUUG